AUGCAGAAUGCCAAUAUUGGCCUGUCAAAGACAGCAAACUACGGAACAAACGUUAAGAUAAGAUUAAGGAGCUUCACAGUUAAUGUUGAUAACCAAAUUAGAUUUAAUUUAUUUCACUAUUUUCAAAUUCAACCACCUGAAGCAGUUAUUGGCUAUUGGGAUAUUAAAUAUACGCUUCCCUUUAUAUGUGAGGCUGAAUGCAUGAUAUUAUCCAAAGAUCAGCCUUUAACUUGCCCUAUAAUUUUACAAUCAGAACAAAUUUCAUAUGGCAGACCAAAAAUACCAGAAGGUCUUACAGAAAAUUCAAUUAUGAGAAAAUACUUCAUAUUUGAAUGGAAUAAAGACAUUGAAUUUCCAAUUUAUUAUUCAGAAUUGCCUUCAGACUCAAUUGUUAACUUUAAAUUUUAUGCAAGACUAUUUCAAACAGAACCAAAAUUCGUUGGACAAACUCAAUUACGCCUUUUUACACAAACAAAAACUCGUCGACUAAGGUUAGGAUUCUUUCCAUUAGUUUUUGAUGAAACCCCGCCUACAAAGUUAUCAAGACACAUUAGACGUCUUUAUACAGGCAAAGAUAAAGAAUAUAAAUGCGUUGAUACCCAAUUAAAAAUAAUUAAUAAAUUAUUUCACCCAUCAGAUGCAGAAAUCUUUUAUAAAUCUAUAAUAGCUCCAUCAAAACCACCAAAUCUCUCGAAAGUUUCCCAAUAUGUCCAUGUUUUCAUUGAAUCUCCUUCAUCAAAUCCAUCAACAUUAAUUCUUCAUGAGGGAUUAAUGUUGCCAACUUCUAAAUCACUCAAUUCUCUCAGUCCUUAUCAGAGACUGUAUUAUGACCUCGCUCAUUCAAGCGAAGGCUUCAAAACAUCAUUUAUAAAAGAUUCAAAAACGUCAAAAAUUUUGGAAAAAAUAAAAACAUAUGGACCUUUAUCAGAACUGCAGCCAAUAGAAGUAAAUACAUUAUACCACAACUUCAUGGCCUGCAUAAAGGAUCAAGCUUUAAUGCCUGCCUUGUUUAGAUCUGUUAAUUGGGAUGAUAAAAGUGAAACAGAUGAAAUCGAACAAAUUCUAAAUGAAAGAGAUCCAAUUGAUCCUGAAUACGCAUUGGAGUUCUUCACAGAUAGAUAUAAUAUAAAAUGCGUUAGACAGUUUGCUGUUAAAUGCAUAAAAAACAUGAAACAUGAAGAAAUCUUACUUUAUUUACCUCAAAUUUUGCAAGCAACAAAAGUUAAAUACACAGAAGGUCUUGAAGAUGUAUUGGUAAACAAUGCAUUGAAUGAUCCAAUCUUUGCAUCAACAUUAUAUUGGAAUGCACAAGUCGAAAAAGAGCAGUUUUCUUCUUUGCUUGAAAAGAUGAUUAAAAAUUUAACAGGAGAAGUUAAACAACAACUUGAUGAUGAAAUUGAAUUAUUCAAGAAGUUAUAUAACUUGCUUCAAAAUCAUCCCAAAGGAUCACCAGCUGCAAUCAGAGAUGUUAUCAAAGAUUUAUUAAAUAAUGAUCCAGUUCAUUCUCAAUUAAAGAAUUUCAAACCAACAAGAUUGCCAUUAGAUCCAAGCAAGUUUGUUGUUGGAAUAGAUGAAAACGACGUGAAAGUUUUCAAAUCAAAAUUAUGUCCUGUUUGUUUGAACUUCAAAUUAGAAAAUGGAGGAAAUUAUAGAGUGAUAUUUAAACUAGGAGAUGAUAUGAGACAAGAUCAAUUGAUUUUGCAAUUGUUUGAAGUAAUGGAUCAUAUCUUUAAAGCAGCAUCAAUGCAACUGAAUAUUACUGCGUAUAAAACAUUGGCUUUUAGUGAAACUUUUGGUUGUUGCCAAUUCAUUGAUAACUCAAAAGCCAUUUUGGAUAUCGCAAAGGAUGGAAUGUCAAUAUCCCAAUUCCUAGCAAAUUCAGAAGGAAUGGUUGAAGCUCAAAAAAUCAGAGUUUUCACAGAAAGUUUAGCAGCUUAUUCUGUAAUGACAUAUGUCUUGAAAAUUGGAGAUAGACAUGACAACAACAUUUUAGUUACAAAAGAUGGAAGAUUACUACAUAUUGAUUACGGCUUCAUUCUUGGAGACGUGACAAAACCAUUUACACCUCCAUUAAAAUUAUCUAAAGAAAUGAUUGAAACAAUAGGAACAAAUGGAAUGCAAAAACUAUGUGAUUGGGCAUGCCCUGCAUUCAAUUCAUUGAGAAAGAAAUCGAGAUUGAUACUUGUAUUGAUUGAACUUAUGUUUACUGCUCCAUUGGAAUGUUUCCAAAACAAUCCAAAGCGAAGAUUGCAACAAGUUGAAAACUGUUUGUUAUUGAAAUGCACAGAAAUCGAAGCUUCUCUUUCAUUACAGGCAACUUUCACUCAAUCAUUGAACUCGAAGAUGCAAGUUUUCUGGGAUGCUGUUCAUACUGUUGCUGUCAGCACAAAUGCUUCUGCAGAAAAAUAA